AUGACGUGUGCAGGUAAGACUUUGAAGAAGACCCAAAGACUUACAGGAGGAACAAGGAUUCAAGAGUUAGAGAAUCCAAGAGAAGAGGAACUUGAACUCGAGGAGAAUCAAGAUAUUGCGUUGGUUGAUUGGGCGUCGUGGUUAGAACUCAAAGCAGGAUAUUCUGUUGUGGAUAAUGAACAAUAUGCAAGUUGUUCUAAUUCAAAUGUGGCUGUUACUCCUGAAGUAAUUCCUAUAUUAAGUCCAGGGGGAACGAGAGAAUGGAUUCCAUGUUGUUCUGAUGAGUUAAAACCUGUUGUAGGGAUGAAAUUUAUGAAUGUCGAAGAGGGUAUUUCAUUUUAUAAAGCAUAUUCAAAAGCUGCUGGUUUUGUGAUGAGGAAAUCUACUGCUACAAAAAGGAAGGCACUAGACGUUAUUGCUUUUCAGUAUUGUUUAUGCAACAAGGCUGGUUUCAAAGAAAAAGCAAUAGUUAAGGUUGGAGGCAUGCCAAGUGUUAAAAAAGGGGAAGGUAAUGAAGAUAAAGUACCUAUACCUCGAAGAAGGCUAGUUACUCCUGUUGGUUGCAAGGCUCGGAUGGUUAUGAAGUAUAAAAAUGAAGGUUUUUAUGUGGUGACUGAAUUCCGAGAGCCACAUGUUCAUCCUCUUUACACCCCGGGUUGUCUAAAAUUUCAGAAAGCGGGUAGGAAAAUGAAUAUUCUUCAUAAGAAGAUGAUUAUUGAUAAUUCGAAGGUGAACAUUGGUCCGGUUAAGACUUUUAGAUUGAUGAAGGAGCUAGUUGGAUCGUAUGAUAACGUUGGUGCAUCCAAGCAAGAUUUCAAAAAAUUUCAUAGAGAUUUGAAGGCUUACAUUGAAGGAUCGGAUGCCCAAUUGUUUGUGAAUAACUUUCAGAACAAGAAGUUGUUAUGGAGUGCAUUUUUCUUUGACUAUGAGGUGGAUGAAGACGAGCAACUUUGUAAAGCUUUUUGGGCAGAUCCUAUAUGUAGAAAGAAUUAUGCACUCUUUGGUGAUCAUAUGGUUUCUUUUGACACCACAUUUCAAACAAAUAGGUAUAAUAUGAUAUUUGGCCCAUUUACUGGAGUUGAUCACCACAAGAAGUGUGUUACUUUUGGUGCUGCUUUAAUAGCCCAUGAGGACAUCGUGUCUUUUGAGUGGGUUUUUAGAACUUUCCUCAAGGCAAUGGGAGGUAAUGAGCCAGCUUGUUUGAUUACGGAUGAAGAUCCGGCAAUGAAAAUAGCUAUUCCUAAAGUGUUUCAGACCGCUGAGCAUAGGUUUUGUAUGUGGCAUAUAAUGAAAAAAAUGCCUGAGAAAGUCGGCCGUCAGAUUACGCAAGAUACUGAGUUUCUUAAUAAAAUUUGCAAAUGUGUUUGGAGUGAAGAGAUUGAGCCAACAUAAUUUGAAGAGAAAUGGGGAAAGGUUCUUGCUGAGUUCAAGCUUCAAGACCAUGAGUGGUUGAAGCAGUUGUAUGAGAAGCGUCAAAUGUGGAUCCCAGCAUACUUUAGAGAUUCGUUUCUAUGUGGUAUCAUGAGGACUACAUCAAGGUCAGAGAGUGAGAACAU